AUGUCGGAAGGAUAUAGCUAUCAAACCAGAACGAUUAAACCAUUUAGUGCUUGGGAUUAUGUGAUUUUUGCUCUAAUAUUGGUCAUUUCGGCAGGAAUUGGAUUUUAUUUUGCGUUUAAAGACAGAAAAAAGAAAAACAUCCAGGAGUUUCUACUAGCAGGUCGGAAUAUGAGUCCGUUUCCAGUUGCUCUGUCUUUAUUAGCCAGUUUUAUGUCAGCUAUCACCUUGUUGGGAACACCAUCUGAGAUGUACAGAUUUACCACUAUAUAUUUUUGGAUUGGUUUAUCAUACCUGUUUGUUGUUGCUGGAGCAGCACAUAUAUUUAUUCCUAUAUUCUAUAAUUUACAAGUUACCAGUGCUUAUGAGUAUCUUGAGAAACGAUUUAGUAAAGGUGUAAGAACUGCUGGAUCUAUGACCUUUGCAACUCAAAUGGUGUUGUAUAUGGCCAUUGUACUAUAUGCUCCAUCAUUAGCUUUGAACGCAGUAACUGGUUUUACAUUAUGGGGGUCAGUUAUAUCAGUUGGUGUUGUAUGCACUAUUUAUACAGCUUUUGGUGGUAUGAAAGCUGUACUGUGGACAGAUACCUUCCAAGUUUUUAUGAUGUUAACUGGUUUAAUAGCUGUAUUAAUUCGAGGAAGCAUGCUCGUCGGAGGAUUUGGUAAAGCAUGGGAAAUUGCUGCUAAUUCUUCAAGAGUAGAAUUCUUCGAUUUUAGUCCCGAUCCAUCCGUACGACACAGUGUUUGGUCCCUCGCUAUUGGUGGAUUUUUCACAUGGGUUGCUAUUUAUGGAACAAACCAAGCUCAGGUACAGAGAACGUGUACGUGUCCCACAUUACGUAAAGCUCAGAUUGCCAUGUGGUUGAAUUUUCCGGGUUUAUGUGCUAUAUUAUAUUUAUCAUGUUUAAUUGGUAUUGUCAUGUAUGCUUUUUAUUCUACGUGUGAUCCAUUACAGUAUGGUCUUGUAGGUGCAGCCGAUCAGUUACUUCCCUUAUUUGUAAUGGAUACAUUGGGUGACUAUCCUGGAUUACCUGGUGUGUUUGUUGCCUGUUUAUUCAGUGGUGCUUUAAGUACUAUAUCAUCAGGAUUAAACUCACUAGCUGCCGUAUUUUUAGAAGAUGUUAUUAAAGCCUAUAUAUUUAAGGAUUUAAGACAAGAACGUGCUACGUUAAUCUCAAAAGUUUUGGCUGUAAUAUUUGGUAUUAUAUGUUUAGGAUUAACAUAUGUUGCUUCCUUAUUAGGAAGUGUUUUACAGGCAGCUCUGUCUCUGUUUGGUAUGAUUGGAGGACCUUUAUUGGGUACAUUCACUCUUGGAAUGCUCUUCCCUUGGGCCAAUAAAUGGGGAGCGUUUAGUGGGUUAUUUACUGGUCUAGUAUUUAUGUUUUGGAUUGGUGUUGGUGCUCAGGUUUAUAAACCGCCAAAUCCUAGACCACCACUCUAUAUUCAUGGUUGUAACUGGACUCUCGUUCCCACCACUACCACUAUAGUCCCGGAAUCUCCCACUCUUGGUCCCGAACCAUCAGCUGAUUAUUAUCUAUACACAGUUUCUUAUCUAUGGUACAGUGCUACUGCUGUUGCUACAACAUGUAUUGUUGGUAUGGUGGUAAGUUUGAUAACAGGUACGUUUCCUACCUAUCAUGUAGUCACCCAUAUAGUUUUAACUUUUACCAAUCUUAAUUCUGUUUGA